UCCGGCCAAUCGCACAGCGCCGCCGUCCGCCCCCGCCUGAGCGCGGCGCCUGGCAACGGCACGUGACAUCGCCGCCCCGCCCCCGUCGCGCACGCCACAUUGCGUAUUAUGGGAUGCGCGGAAUGAAGCGACCCGAGCCGCCGACGACGACGCGACACGGACCGCGCGCGGGUGCUCAUGGAGCUGUCGGCGGUCGGCGAGAGCGUCUUCGCCGCCGAGUCCAUCAUCAAGCGGCGGAUCCGACGGGGUCGUUGGGAAUAUCUGGUGAAGUGGAAGGGCUGGUCUCACAAGUACAGCACGUGGGAACCCGAGGAGAACAUUUUGGACGAGCGCCUCCUGGCCGCCUUCGAGGAGAGGGAACGUGAACGAGAGCUUUUAGGGCCAAAAAAGCGAGGACCCAAGCCCGAGACGUUUCUCUUGAAGGCAAAAGCCAAAGACAGAACUUUCGGAUUCCGCCGAGAUUUGGCCCGGUCCGUCCAGGUCUCCUAUCCGGUCCCGGAGCCCGUCCCGACUCCGAGGGCCCGGGAGGGUUUGCGCGCUGUGGUCCCGACCAUCUUCCCCCCGAGCGGCAUCAACAGAGGGGAGAGCGUCGCCGCCCGAGCGCUAGAACCGGAAAGGUCGCCCGGACCGGCGGCGGGUUUUCACCAGGAACCGGGUCCCAAGAGGAGAGGACGCAAGCCCAAACUGUGUCCGCAUUACGAGGAAAGCGCGGACCUGGCCUCCAAAACGUCCAGACGCUUCCAGACGCGACCUCACGACGGGGGGCCUUCGGACGUCGGCCUGGUCCAGCUCACCAGAAGGUUCCAGGAGGAGACCACCAUCACGCCCAGGCCCGACGUCCGUCCUGACCGAGGAGGCGGGACUUGUUACCCCCCAGCUCCAGAGCGCCCCGACCAACGCGGGAACCUCCCGAUAACCUCGGAGGAAGAACUCGGGGAGGCGUGCCCCCCCGCGGGGCUCGGCCCCUCGUGGACCCCCCGCUUCGCCAAUGUGGACACGGUGACCGUCACGGACGUCACCAUGAACCUGAUCACCGUCACGGUCAGAGAGAACUACACCGAUAAAGGCUUUUUUCGGGAGAAAAGGUGAAAGGGACACCAACGCGUAGGCAGGUGUGUCACUAAAGCUCCCCAAAGAUUUCCGAUGAGAGGCCGGACUUCCAUCGCUUAGUUUGUUUUUGCUUUGAAGUACAUUUUUUGAAAAAGUACAGAUCCAGCAAAAAGAAUUACACGUCAUGUUUGGAACAAACGCCUAACUUUAGCUCACUGCUAACAAAACAGUGGCAAAUGCCAUAGAUGAGCUCAUGAAGCUAGCAUCAAUAUUGCGAUGAUUCUAAAUCUUUUAAGAUCUGAUAUUUGAAUAUAAACAAUGCAUUAAGACGUGUGGAGAGUCACAACGAAACGGAUAUAUUCUUAAUUACAAAUGAUAAAAUGUAUUCCUUAUUACAAAACCCUUUUGAGCGGAGGCUUGAACGGAUUAAUGGCAUUUCCACUCAUCUCGGUGAGGAAAGACGAUUUGCGUUAUGGAAUGACAUUAACUAAGUAUCGAGUGUAUUUCAGACAGGUCGAGUGGCACAAAGAACCCCUGCGACCUUUUUGUCAGGACAUCUCGUCGUCACCCUGGCAACGCGCCUCUCGCGACCCUGAGCAUCGGACACCUCCUGGCGCAUUGUCCCUGUCUUGGAACCCCUGUGAUAUAUAUAUAUAUAUUUUUUUAUGUUCCUUUUUAUUAGAUUUUUUUUUUUUUUCCAAGGGUUUUUUUAUUUUAAAGAUGGCCCCCUUGACGGAACCGAAAACAAUCGUUCCGGGAGUGCUUGAGGUCCGGAAAAGCGCGUUGGCGAUUUGGGUGAGAUUUCUUCCGAGGGGAAAACCUCAAGUUUGGAUUUGAAUUUUUUGGCUUUGUUUUAUGAUGAGACCGGUCCUGGAACCUUUCUGACACGCCCGUUGGUCACGUGAGUCACUUUAUUAGCGGCGUCUUCCUGUUCCUAAAAGUUCCCAACGUGGAGCAGAACCAGGAAGUCAAACUCUCUAAGAAGCGCCGAGUGACUCAAGCCAAAGCAAACUCGCCACUUACGACACGGAGAGACUGCAGAUACCGCCAGGUGGCGCCAAAACUAUAUUUUUAUAUUAGACAUGGCUUUGGCCUGACCACACAAAACUUCCUUCCUUCCUUCCUUCCUUCCUUUGCUGAAAUUCCUUUUUCUUUCCUCUCAAUCAACUUACUUUGUUCUCGGCUCAAAUUAUUUGCCACUAUCAUUUUUCACAGUAUGUGAAACUCAAUUUAAAAAUGGCAUCCCCCCCCCCCCCCCCAAUUGUGCUGGUGUACCUAAUGUUGUGUCCGGAUAACAAAGCUACUACUAACGACGACGCUACUGUCUUCUUGCUAAUAUAUAUUUUUAUAACCAGAGCUGUAAACCAUCAGUAUUUAAUUUUUCAAAAGCCAAUUCUUGUAUAUAGAGUAAGAUGAUGCUUAUGGCCAAUUUUCAGAAGUAUUGUUGCCGUUUUGACAUGGAAUGGGUCACUUUUAUUUUGUGCACUUGAGUUGGUUUAGUCCAGUAAUUGUGGCAAUAAUCUCUGCUGCGCUCCAGAAAUAAUCAUGCCAACUUUUUAUGCUGCUCACGAUGAAUUCUUUUGCUAUUUAUUGCCACGUGUGCCCACCUGCAAUUUUCACGUUGAAAAUAUAAACCACGAGGUUUUGUUUAGCAUCCGUUAGGAAUAAAACGAUGACGUGCACAUGAUCAAAGUGGUUUUUGCGGACGACUUCAUAAAUGGACAUUUUCUCACGGUAUUAUAGUAAAAUUGUGCCAAACAUAUAUGUGCGUUCGCUGUGGCGACCCCGAAAGGGACAAGCCGAAAAGAAACUUACUAUUAUAGGGGGAAAACAAUCGUCAACCUCUUUUCCAAUUUUAGCAGUGGAAAAUGAUAAUUUGAUAUGUGGUCAUCCGAUGCAAAAUGCCAUUUGUGGAAAUUCUAACUUUAUUUUGACACACUGCUCUGUCAAUUACAUCCAUUCCGGCAUUUAUUUUUGCCCCCAGGGGACCACAAAUCCGAGCCUCAAUUUGUACUUUGUUUUUUUGUUAUAAUUUCUUGGAGACCAAAACAAUCUUCAGAGUUGUACGGAAAUUCAACACUUGUAGAAUCAAACAUUUCCUCCGGUAAAAGAUUGGAUUGUUUGAAAGUUGCUUAAAAUGAAUCAUGUGUUAAAAUACGUGAAUUUUCCACAUUGCGCACGACCGAUGCCGAUUGCGGGUUGCGUCGUAACCGCCAUUUUGUGCCUUUCCAGGUGAUCGGAAAGCUGGCGUUUCGUCGCCCGGCCGCUAGGCGGCGCCGCAAACAAACUGAACACGUUCAGUGAACGACGUUUCAGUUUUUAGUAAGCAGAUCAAAGGAUGCAAACAUCAUUCGACGCGUCAAGAUUGUCGUCAACAUCUGAAAACAGACUUGGUCGAAUGUGGCGGGCGCACGUUUGACCUUUUGGCUUUCUCGCUCGACAGCGCCAACAAAAAGAAAGGAAAAAAAAAAUCACAUCAUAAGUAGAAGGAAAAUGAAAAGGUCAACUUUAGGGGCGCGUAUUACACGCGAGAAAAUUCCAAGACCAGAAAGUAAUAUGAAGGCUCUUCUGUUGUCACUUCGGCUGCCGCGUGCACAUCGAUA